AUGGGAGUGGUCACGGCCUUCAUCCUGGCUGGCGAGGGAGCGCCUUCAUACGAACAGUUCUCCCAUCUGUACAGUGUCACCAAGUUGAAGUCUACCAACCACGGUGGUUGGGUUCAGGCUAACUGCCUGAAGGCUAUCGAGCGCGACCAUUUUGUCAGUGCCGUGCCAACAUCCCAGAAAACGUGGAAGAAACGGCGGGUGCUCUUGUCAGGUGAUUGGGAAUCGCCAUUGGGACAUCCCGUCCGUUUCCACAUCCCCACCACUUUCCAAAUAGCCGGUAGACCAUCGUACCGUUCGCCGAGUGCCACACAAGCGGAGAUCCGGCAGAUCGAGAGGGUAAGGCUGAAGGUCCCUACCGUGGAGAGAGUUUACCCGAAGUUCUUCUUUACCCCCAAUGUCAUCAAGGCUCAACUCGUCAAUCCUGCCAAGAUGACGGAAGAGAGGAGGGCUGCCGAGGCGAAGAGGAUGAAUGAGUCGUCCAAGCGGCACCUUAUGCUCGGCCUCCAAGGGAAGAAGAAGAAGAGCCGGCAGCCAGAAGCGGUACCAACGUCAUCGGGAGGAGUCGACCCUUAA